GCCUCGCUGAGAGUGCACCAGUCUCCGCGUUUACUCCGCUCGGGAGAGGUGUUGGUCGAGGUUCUUGACGUCCACGUCACUCGUCACUCGUCACGUGCUUCCGCGAUUUCCCGAUCCUGGCUCCGCUCACGUAUACGCACGUCACGUAUUUUCCUGGGAUUCCACUGUCGAUGCUCCUGCUUCGGAUCCUACGAGGCAUCCGUCUAAACAAUUCCAUGUUUCAAGUUUGACUGUCUCUCGUCCUUGACCUCGUGUGGACAGCAUAAGGAAAAUCAAAUAUCGAACAAAUAAAACAUUAAAUAAAAAUUAAAAUCAACACAUGUUUUUUAUAUAGUUCGCAGUCUGUUUCAACACGUAAUUAAAAAUAUUAGGCUCCCAAAGGAACGGUGUUUGAAUAGAAAUAAAUCGUCGCUCCAAAACUCGUAGGUUGUGAAUUUUAAUUCCGUUCCGAGUUUUAAUGCGAUUUUAACAUUUUGCACGUAUGAUACAUAUUUAGCUCAGUAAGAUUUUUGGAAUUACUGAAUAAAGUACAGUUGGAUAUAGUAAUUGAAAAUUGAGCGACUUUAAAAGAAAGUGUGGUAUUGGAGUGUCGAAAUUUUAGUUUAACUUUUCUCAAAUAGUGCGUGCGGGUCUCAACUCGAGUCGAAAAUUUAUAUUGCAGAAUCGAGAAGGAGCAAAUUUAUCAGUUGCUGCGCCCCAGGAUUGUCAAAUCUUCUUAGAAAUCGUCUGCAAGAGUUGAAGUGACAAAAAGUAAAAAUCACCCGAUGCUUACCGACUUGAAAUAAUUGAAUUAAAUCCUAAAAAAUCGCGUAAAAAGAUAUUCAAGCGGUAAUUCUUAGUGCGUUUGGACAUUAUCGCGAUUGUCGUAAAUUUGUCGUUUAUCGGUCUUUCGUGAAAUAAAGUGCGAUUAUUUUUCAAUCCAGAGAUAAAAAACUACCUUCCGCGUUGAGUGAAAACAACGGUAACAAAGAAUAAAACAAAAUGUAUCAGAAUCUCCGACGUCUGCCUUGUGAAGAGAACCGUACGUGAACCAAAACUUUCAAGGCAACCUGUUCGAACCAGUGGAUAACAGCAUGGAUGAGGUGACAAAGGAAAAUGAGGCCGCCCCCUCCAGGAUUAACGAGAACGACCUCAAGUCACCAAUAGAAUCCGCUGAUGUCUCCUCACAAAGGGUGUUCAAGAAGUCAGCUCCGAACAACAAAAUCACACUGUACCUGGGGAGCCGAGACCUCAUCAUUUCGAAUAAAAGUAUAGACAAAAUCCAGGGUGUCGUUUACGUAGACCCAGAAUAUCUUCAGGACAAGAAGGUGUUCGGCCAAGUGACCUUAACUUUUAGAUACGGUAGAGAGGACGAGGAGGUGAUGGGACUGAAAUUUUGUAAUGAGGCCAUUAUGUGCUUAGCGCAGCUAUACCCAAUUCAUGAGAAAGCAGUCGUAGAACCAAACACUCCCCUACAGGACGCACUGAUCAAGAGGCUCGGCCCAAACGCCCAUCCUUUCACGAUGGAAGUUACGCAUCUAGCGCCACCUAGUGUCCAAUUAGUUCCUGCCAAAGCGUACAACGGUGCACCCAUCGGAACCAGUUACGAUGUUCGAGCUUAUGCAGCGUACCGUGCGGACGAGAAGUUACACCGGCGGAGCACAGUGCGGAUGGGGAUCCGGGUGGUGCAGCUGGCCGCGGCGCCGCCGCCGCCCUCGUCCAACGUGGCGACGCCGUGCAGCGAGGGCGGGGGCGGGGGCGGCGAGGGCGGCGGGGGCGGAGGCGGCGGAGGCGGCGGAGGCGGGGUGGCCCUCUCCCUCUCGGCGGCCGCCGGGACCGGGGCGGCGCCCCCGCACGCCUGCGUCGAGAAGCCCUUCCUCCUCAGCGACGGCAAGGUCCACCUCGACGCCCAGCUGGACAAGUCCAUCUACAACCACGGCGACUCCAUCCUCGUCACCGUCUCAAUCAAGAACAGAAGCAGUAAAUCCGUCCGAGGCAUCAAGGUGUUCGUGGUUCAGUUCGUGGACGUGUGCAUGUUCAGCAACGGGAAGUUCAAGAACGUGGUGGCGACGAUCGACCGGCGCGAGGAGUCGCCGCUGGGGAGCGGGACGGAGGUGACCCGGACGUUCCGGCUGAACCCGGCCAAGGGGGCCACCAAGAACUGGAUCGCCCUCGAGGACUCCUACAACAAGGCGGCCGCCUCCCUCGCCUCCACCGUCGUCUGCAACUCCCCCGAGGAGCGCAACGUCUUCGCCAUCUACGUCUCCUACUACGUCAAGGUCAAGCUCCUCAUCAGCGCCAUCGGCGGCGCCGUCUCCCUCAAGCUCCCCUUCACCCUCAUGCACUCCCCCUUCGACCUCGACAUGAGCCUCUCCACCCCCAUGGCACAGGUGUACGACCCGCUGCCGACGAACAGCGCGGAGGGGGUGAAGGAGGUGGAGGACGAGGACUUCACGAUCACGACGAGCCCGGGCCCAUGAGGGUCCGUCAUCAGCAGCACGCUGAGCAAGUGCGAGGCCCCGCCGCUCUUCAGCAGCCUCACCAACAAGACCAAGGUCCCGAGCCCCAAGUCCAAGCGGGCCCACAACACCCUCCGCCUCCCCAGGGCCUUCUGCUGCUUCAACUCCAAGGACUCGCAAGCCCAGUGACACUCGACCAUCGUCCACCCACACCCACACACACACCCUACACAGCUCCUCCCGCAAACGCGCUGCUGCUGAUUUUCACACUUCUUCCAUGAGCAAACCCAGUUAGACUCAUUUUGAACCGAUGCCUUCCCACAUCGCUAGGCUUCGUCGCCGUCUUUACAGGGUGUCUCACUCGUCCGGAAAAUCCGGAAAUUCUCUUGAUUUCUUCGAAACGUUCCGGAAGGACUGAAGAAGUACGGGAGUUCCGCAAUAAAGUCCGGAAUUUUUCGCUUCAUACCACGCGUGUCUCUUAAGGAGCUUUUAAGUUGUCUUCGUUUCGUGGGCUUUGUCCCAAGUUUAAGUCGCAGGAAUGAAAAUUCUGGGCUUUUCACCUUUUGAUAAAACAACAAGAUUUCCUGGUUUUCUCUCUAAAUCGCUCAUAGGACUCCGCACGAAGACUCUACUUGGUAAACUGUCAUCAGUACUCACUCACUCAAUAUUUUUUCCAUUUUAGCAUGUAAGAUUAAUCUCUGGGACGAACCCCAUGAAAUGUCCCGUGGGGACAAGGCCUUUGACAGUCUGGAAAAUAUACUAUGCAUUGCGCAUUGAUUCUUGGAGCAGGAUUUGCCAGUUAGAUUGCGACUGUCCAGUCAAAUUAUCCCCAUCGUUAACAAUGAGCUUCGAAGUUUGUGGCUAGCUAAGUCAUUUAUUUUGCGAUGCGCGCAUGAUUGUAGAAUUUUUGUGAAUUUCGUCACACAACGGUGCUAAGAGAGUACUGCACUUAUCUGUCGAGGGAGUCCUGAAUUUUUUGGGAAAUUACCGAAAAAGUGCUGUAAAAGUACUGAUUUUCUGCCGGUUAGUUCUAGUGGACACCCUGUAACUUGCAUUGCGCUACUUUCGACGGCAUCUUGAGAUUAUUCAUGGCGCAAUCUAAGGGUGUUGCAACCAACAAGCCGCCAGAAAAUUCGGAAAAAUUUCAAAAAUAUCAAUCUUGAAAUAGAAUGGAAAAGAUAGUAAAGCUCAAGAGUAAAUAUUUAACUCGUAGAGCAACAGUGUAUCACAAAAGUACCACUGAAUAUCGAAAUUAUGAACAGCCACGCGAUAUUUAUUUUUUCAAAAAUUGAAAAUUUCAGCCUCUCCUACGGCAUGAGACCUUAAUGUGAUAAGUAAAAGGCCGAAAAUGUGAAUUUUUGAAGGAAAAUCAAAAUUUAAUGUUACUUGAUUAAUCAUUCAAGAAGGCACAAUAUUUUUAGGCAAAGACUUUUUAUCAAGCAAUGAGCACUGGCCAUAUUUUGUAUUGAAGGAUUUUUUUCGGCCUUUUUUCUCUAGGAUUGCUAGAAUCAAAUUGUAGAAAACGAUUUAUACGAUCGACAUCUAAUUGACCAGCCUUGGCCAUUAUUUCUUCCUGAGAACAUUCAUACUUUAACACUUCUUCAUCUCAAGAAAGUAGUCCGUCUGGUAUCAUCUUUGAAAAAUCGCACACUCCCAAUACUUUUAUCUUUAGGAUAGUGAACGGGUUGAUGUCCUGGCAAGUCCCGAAAUAGAAAGAAGUCAAUUGAGAGAUGGCUUCAUCAGAUUUAAUGAAAGUUUGGGCUGCGGUUGUAAUGGCAGUGGCUAAAUGAUACCUGACCACGAAACGCACGGACUUCGGUCGAGUUGAAAACACGCGAGGCCCCAUGUGACUUUAUGCCCGUGAGAGAAUCGAGUUCUGUGAUUUUUGUUGCCACGCUCCUACAGCAGUCGUGAUUUUUUAUUU